AUGGAUUCUCCGCCCCAGGAGGCGACUGCUUUUCCAGAAGGCCAUUUGCCUAACAUGCAGGAAGCUGCCAGGGCUCUAGCCAACCGAGAUAUCCCUCUGGUGGACAAUGAGAACCUCUGCUCAUGUCUUGGAUUACAGCUUCUUGAAUUUGCAGUGCCCGACGCGCUCCUCUCGCUCUCGUCGCAGAUUCUGUCGGAUCAUGGCUCGCCUCGUGUAUCCCCCUCCACGGUAGAGAAUUACAGGCACACCGCGUCAGAAGAUGGCUGCAUCGUCCACAAGCUAGACAGUGCUUGUCUCAUCUAUCUCUACCCGUUGUCGCUCGUCGGUUUUACGCUCCAAGACACCGUUAAGGCUGAAUCCACCUUUGAUCCCACGCUGAAGAUCCUGACGCCCCAGCCCCGAGUUUACAUGUCUUCGCUGAUCUGUUACCUCCUGGAACAUCCGUUGGAAGAUUGCACCAAACGUCGAGUCACUGAUGACCUCCUGAGUUUUAUCACAUUCUAUGUUCUUCGUUACGAGCCACUGGAUACGAAGAGCGGCGAAAGUGCCGAGGACGAGAGCGAAGAAGCUUACCAGGAACGGAUCGAGGAGGGAUUGAAAAUGAUGAAAUCUUGGGAUUGGGAUGCUGACGAGAAAGACUACCUGCCCAUUGCCGAAUCAGUAGCUCGGGAUUAUCGGUCCAUAGAAACACUAACUAGCUGCGGAUGA